AAGUCACAAUUUGCCUUAGAGAGGAGAUCAGCCUAAAGUGCCUCCUCUACACCAUACCUGCCCCAGGAAGAGCUGACAGCUGUGAGCAUGUGGCAUGUGCCCAGCUCUGAGCUAAGUGUGGUCAUACCCAACCCUAGAACAAAUCCUCCCUCACCCCAACAUCCCACCUGCCACCAAUCCUGUCACUAUCUCCCAGGGCACGUCCCCUUUUCUCCAUCUCCCCACCGUUAGUCCCUGUUGUCCUCAGCUUACCUGAAGCCAUGGCAAAGCCUCCUAAUGGUGUCACAGUUGGCCAAGCCCUCUCCAAGCCACUCCACACCCACAGCCAUGGGGAAGGCUUCAGGACCCAAAUCUCAUCCUGUCAGCCCUGCCGACACCCCUGAAGCUCCCUUGGACCUAAACAGAGCUUCAUGGUCUGGCCCCAUACCCUAUCUCACACCUCCGUCUGUACCCUGAGCCACACCAGCCUUCUCCCAGCCUCUCAGACCGACCAUCCUUUAUUUGGAGUCUGCAUGGAAUGUGCUCCCCGUCCCCUUGCCUUGUGAACUUGUCCUCUUCCUUCAGAUCUCAGCUCCAAAGCCUUCUCUGCGCCCUGUGUCAGUUCUGUCCAUUGUGCAUUCCUACACCCUCUGCUGCGCUUCUUCAGGGCAGGCGUAUUUUCCACCAGACCGUAAGCUCCGUGAAGACAAAGUGUCCAUCCUCUUCCUUCUCCCUGCUUCCCGCCUUUCUCACCAUCGGAUCCCCAGCAUCUGUACAGUGCCUGGCAUAGAGCUGAUGCUCAACAAAUGUGUUGAUUGGAUCAAUGAAUGAACCAACCGUAUGAGCAGGCUUUCUGAGGACUGCUCCCCUUCCUGGAGCUGCUCCCAGAACCAUGGAGAGUCUGAGCGAAGUAGAGAACCCGCUGCUGCCUCGGAGCCCCGCUCACCUCCACGGCCCCUACCCCUACCCUGAGGCUUCGCCCAGCUGGUCAUGCCAGGAGAAGCUCUACUCCUACCUCCUGGGUGGUGCUGGCCCUGCUCGCGCCCACCAGCUCCUCGACCCGGGGUCCCUGCAGUUGGCUGUGGAGGCCUGGUACAGGCCCAGCUUCCUCCUGGGGAGGGACAAGGUCAAGGAGCCCAGGACAGGCAGCUGCGAGACCAGCUUCACAGAGAGCAGGGAGCCCCAGGCUGGGCCCACGGAGCAGUCCACAGAACCUGGACAAGUGGAAGAGGAUGUCACCAUCCAGACUGUGUCCUAUGGGGUUCAAGAGGAGCUGCAGGGCCAGGAGGACGACCAGGAGGAGGAGGAGAGUGAUGCAACCUCAACAGAGAGUGAAAGUGAAGACAAUUUCCUCACGCUGCCUCCCAGGGACCACCUGGGUCUCACCAUCUUCUCCAUGCUCUGCUGCUUCUGGCCCCUGGGCAUCGCCGCCUUCUACUUCUCCCAGGGGACCAGCAAGGCCAUCUCCAAGGGAGACUUCCGCCUGGCCAGCACCACCUCCCGCCGAGCCCUCUUCCUGGCCACACUCUCCAUCGCCGUGGGGACUGGUAUCUAUGUGGCCGUGGUGGUGGCUCUGGCAGCUUACAUGUCCCAGAAUGGCCACGGCUAGUGCCCAAUAGGACCUGGCAUCCUGACUCCCCUACUCCACCUGAGGAGGCAGUGGGGCUUGGGGUUGCAGACUCUCUGGAGAGCCCUGACCCCUGAAGACAACCUGUGAGGGUGGCUUGUGGUAGGGAGGCCUCCCAAGCUGCAGCCUGCGGGAGGCCUCACAACCUUCACUUCUUCUUGCCCAUUGCAACCAGCCCCAGAGCAGGUUCAGGGAACACCACUCUCCAGCCCAGGCUGUGUUGGGAAGCAGGAGAGGGUAGGGCUGCCCACCAGGCCAUCCAGGCAGGGCCUAUCUCUGGCUUGAGGCCGGCUGGGAGCUCAGCCCAUUCUGCCCAUUCCCUAGAUGGUCUCCUGCCCUGCAGGCAGCCCUCUGCCCAACUCUGCCAACCUCUCCACAGAGAAUAGCAGAUCACAGGGACAGAAGGGAUGCUGGGGAGGCAGGGGACCUGACCCAGUCCUUUCAGCCCAUAGGAGUCUCCAUCCUGGGGAUAGCUGAGCUUCCCCAACUCCAAUCUCUGGCCCCAUGAUGCCCAGACCCCAGCCAGCCAGGAGACGCAGGGACCCCUUGGUCUUUCUGAUUAUGAAAGGCGCUUAUCUCAUUGUGGGCUUGUAAGAUGCUAUAGAUUCUAGAUAGAGAAGAGGAGUCUCAGGCAUGUAAACUCUGCACCAAGGGCAGGUUCUUGGAGCUUCUCUGGGCAGGAACAAAAAGCAGAUGCAAUGACAGAGAGACUGGAGGGCCCUGAAAUAUUGCCAGAUGACAUGGGCCUCCCCAGCCUGCCCCUGUUCCCUGCCCCCAUCAUCAUUUUCUGGGCUCCUCCUGGGGGACCCUGAGCUGGUGCCAUCCCAGGUAGAUGGAGAGAGAGUGCCGUCAGCCCACCAGCCACUGAGUACAGGGCCCUAGAUCCAGCCCCGCAGGAAAGCAGCGAGGAGAGGCCCUGGGGAGCAGUGAGUGUAGAUGAGGGGAGGGAGCCAGGGCUGGCAUGGCUGCUGAGCAGUCUGCAGCGCUCGAGAGGCUUCCUGAAGGAGGUGAGCAAGGUUUAGAAAGAUGAGGAGAAUGUUUCUAAGGGAUUUGUUUUCCCAUGGCCCCUAGUGUUUGC